AUGAGGGGACAGAUGACCAGCCUAAAGACACCACGACCUCAGCUGACGUGUCUGACAGUACACAAACACAAGCAGAGGACCCUCCACGGGAUGCUGCUAAAGGUUGAGAGGAUGGCUUUUAUGUACAUUUUCCAACCAGCUAGAUCAACUGAUUGUGACCAGUCAGUAGCAGGGAAAGAUGGUGAUGAGAAAUCUGAUAAAAAUCUUUCUAAAGACAAGUACUACAUCUAUGAGGAGCUCUACUCCAGACCCUUUAUCACAACAGACUCUAAAAUCCCUGCAAAUCUUCUCCACCUCUCACACUCGUUUGGCUAUGACUGUGGCCGCAGGGACAACCUGCAGCUGCUUGAUGAGAAGACACUGAUGUUCAUAGCAGGCAACCUGCUCAUCCUGCUGGAUGUCAACACCAAGAAGCAACGCUAUCUCCGCUCCUGCAGUGGGGGUGGAAUUGGCAUUAUCAUGGCCCACCCAACCAAGAAGUAUUUUGCUGUGGGAGAAAAGGGAGAAAAGCCCUGCAUCAUUGUUUAUGAAUACCCUUCUCUGCUACCCUACCGCAUCCUCCGAGGUGGUACAGAGGUGGCGUAUAGCUUUGUUGACUUCAACUGUGAUGGCAAUUUGUUGGCCAGUGUGGGCAGUGCACCUGACUACAUGCUGACCCUAUGGGAAUGGAAGCAGGAGCAUGUGAAGCUCCGCUGCAAGGCUAUCUCUCAGGACGUCUACAGAGUAACCUUCUCCCCAGACAACCCAGGACAGCUUACAACCUCAGGAUCUGAGCACAUCAAGUUUUGGAAAAUGUACAGUACAUUUACUGGUCUUAAACUGGAGGGGCUUCUGGGAAGGUUUGAUAAAACAACUCGAACUGAUAUUGACGCCUAUAUGGACCUACCUGAUGGCAAGGUGGUGUCUGGUUCCUCGUGGGGUAACAUGCUGCUGUGGGACAGAGGGCUGAUCAAGGUGGAGAUCUGUCGCAAGGGAGGCAGGACAUGCCAUGCAGGGCCUAUCAAGCAGUUUGCCCAGGAGGAGGGAGAGCUGAUGACCAUUGGCUCUGAUGGAGUGAUUCGAGGCUGGGACUUUGAGAGCAUUUAUACUGCAGAUUGUAUUGAUCACAGUGGCAUGUUUGAGAUUGAGCCCAUGAACGAGAUGGUGAUUGGACGCAAUGUCAGUCUCUCCUCCAUGGUGAAGAGCCCCCUGCCUGACUCCUUCAUCUGGUUUGCUCAGGAUUCUAAUGGAGGCAUUUGGAAACUGGAUCUUUCAUUCUCCAACACUACCCAGGAUCCUGAGUGCCUGUUCUCCUUCCAUGCUGGAGGGAUUCAGGGCAUGGAUGUAUCAAGAGUAAGCCAUUUGAUGGCCACCACUGCUCUGGACCGUUCUGUGAAAGUUUUUGACUUUCUGGCAAAAACAGAGCUGACAACCAGUCGGUUCAAGCAGGGUGGAACUGCUCUGACAUGGGCUCCACCCUUGGUGAACAAGAAAGGAGGUUUGCUGGUGACAGGCUUUGAGGAUGGCGUGGUCCGUUUGCUGGAACUGUACAACCCUCAGAUUCUGCCUGCCGUCGCCGGCCACAAUCACAAUGGUGAAGCCACACUGUGCCUCAAACAAGCCUUGAAACCCCACAAUGCACCUGUGACUGCUUUUGCUUAUGAACGCAAUGGAGAGGUGUUUGCAACAGGGAGCUUGGAUUGCACUGUGUUCUUCUUCAGUGUUGGGGAGAAAUACAACCCCAUUGGCUUUAUUAAGGUUCCAGGACCAGUGCAGGCACUGGAGUGGUCCCCUCAGUCCCACACCAAAAACACACUGCUAAUCCUGUGUCUGAAUGGCAAUGUGGUGGAGGUGCAGUGUCCAGACCCAGUGACUCAGAACCUGAGCAAGACUUACCAGCUAUCUGGGCUGCUCACCAGAUCCUUCAACUUCAGAAGCAUCAAAUCCCGCAUCAAGAGGGAGGAAGAAAUUGCACGCCAACAAAUCACUAAGGAGAAGAAGAGGAGAGCAUUAGAGGAGCAGGUGAAAAAAGCAAUGGAGCAGGGACGAGAGCCCACAGAGGAGGAGUUGCAAAAGAAAGAGGAAGAGCAGGGGGAGGAGUUGCCUGCCAUCUACAGCCCAGACCAGCCGAGUCCACUCUACUGUGGCUUCUAUUCACAGCCAGGCUCCUUCUGGCUCUCAAUGGGGGGCUAUGACUCAGGUUUCCUGUAUCACUGCAAGUUCUCUGAGAAGCAAGAUGAGGAACCAGUCCAGUGUCAGGAUGAGCCCUUUGACUUCCUGCCAGUCCACAACGCGGACCAGGACCCCAUACGCACUAUCACCUUCAGCUCCAACAGGCAGCUGAUGCUGUGUGGAAUGCACUCAGGCUCCAUUAGGGCCUACCCUAUACAGCCUGGUGACCUCAACCUCACGUCCAUGCAGGCCUACUGGGCACUCAACAUCCACGACAACCAAUACGGACACCUGCGGCACAUAUGCUGUAGCCAUGACGACCAAUUUGUGCUCACAGCAGGAGAGGAUGGGAACAUCUUCUCCUUCGCCCUGCUCCCCCCAGAGGAGCUAAAGGAGGUCCUGCACAGGAAGAGAGCCCAAGUGCCCUCACCCAGGAUUGGCCUUGAGACAGAGGGAGUGGCACUAGAUAUUGAGGAUCCAGCAGCCUACAGCAUAGAGACCGCUCAGCAGAAGUUGGAAACGGAUCGUCUGCAUAAGGAGGCCGAGCUGAGGAAGGUAAAAAGGCGUCAGAAAUUCGCAGAACUCCAGAGUGACUUCAAGAAGCUGCAGCAUGAGAACCAGAGUCUGCCAGAGCAUGUUUGCUUUGGCUGUGAGGAGCUGGAGCUCGAUCCACGGUUCCGUGAGGAGACGGAGCGGGUGAAGGCUCUGCGAGUGAGGGAGGUCCGAAAAGAGCUGGCCUGGGAGGUGGAGCAUCACAACAUUGGACUGAAAAAACUACAGGAGCGGUUCAGGGGUUCUCUGGAGUCAGACAUGGUCACGGUGUUUGCCAUCUACAGUGAGCACAGUGUCACCACCUAUCGUCUGCUAACGGAGCGCUUACAUCAGCUCCAACAGCAGGAUGAAGCCAGGAUGCCCAGCGGGCCCGCCUCACAGGAGAAGACAAAGUCCAGAGCUGAACCUGGAAAAGAAUGUAACCCAACUGAAGAGGAGCAAGAGGACCUGCCCAGUGAGGCAGUUUUAACUAAACCAGUGACUCAACCAGCAGGUCUCAAAUUGCCCAGUCAACAGGCUGAGAAGCUCCGAAAAGCUGCAGAGAAAGCCGAGCAAGCCCGGGCCAAGAUCCAGAAAAGAAAGCGAGAAUGGGCUGAGCUUUACUCAGCAAAGCCAGACGAGAACUGCGAGGACCCACAGGGUGUGCUAGCCAUCCGCCAUGCCAUGGAGAACAUGGGAGACUUUAAACUAAAGACCGCCAAAGACUUUACGGUACCAGAACACCGGAGGAUGAAUACUGAGAGGAAGAGAGCUGAGCUGGUGGCCCUAGAGGAAAAGGUCCAUGAGAAGAAGGUGGAGAUGAACAGCCGUAUCAUAGCAUUGCGGGAGACCAAGGUUUCCCUUGUGACUUGGCUUCGCUCUCAGAACCGACGUGUUCAGCAAAUACAGCGGCGCCUGGCACCCCAUCUCCAUCGCCAUUACCCCGCCCUGCCCAGCCUCCUGCCCGAGGAGAUCCCAAAGAGGAAGUCAUGUUACAGUCGGGCCAUGCUAGAGUGCUACGGUGCUCUGAAAGCCCAGAGGGCCAGCACUGAGAGCCGAGAACACACAGAAGGGUCACUGACUCUGUUGGAACAGCUGGAGAAAGAAAUGGAAGGACAGGAAAAGAUGGAGGAGGAGGAGGAGGAGGAGGAGGAGGGGGAUAGAACUGCCUGCCCGCCAGUCAGAUCAGAGAUCAGAGAAGUGGAGACACUCGUGUCAGAAGGAGUGGGGCUGAGUGAGUUGGAGGAGGAAGUCAGGAGAAUGGAGGAGAUGAGGCUCAUCUAUGAGCAGGACUCUCUGCUGGAACAGAUGGAAAGUGCUGUGUGGAGGUUUGAUGCGGAGCUCCGCCUGCUGCAUCAUGAGAAGCUGGACCUGGACUGCCAAAUGAAGCAAGCAGAUCUGCGCCACGUCACCCUCUUCCAGGAGCUGCUUCUCCUCCGGGAGUUUGAGAAGAGGGAAAACGCUCUGCAGGAGAGGCUCAAUGCAUGCAUGGAGGAGGAGAGCAUCGCUGCGUCAAAGCUGGAGGAACACAACGUGCAGCUGGAGAUGAAGUGCAGGGAAGUAGCCAAGCUACAGGACAGAGAGAAGGCCGUGACAGCCGCCUUCCAGGCCUCCCUCGGAGAGAACAACAAGUUUGUGGACUUUCUCACCAAAGUCUUCAAGAAAAGGAUCAAGCGUGUCAAGAAAAAGGAGGAGAUCAGGGAGGAAGAGGAAGAAAGGGACAGCGAUGAAGAUUCAUUUGAGGAGGAGGACUGGGAUGAUGAUGAGGAUGAGAGCAGCUCCGAGAGCGGUGGGAUAUCUCUGGAUUACGGUGUCUGCCCUCCGAAUUGUGACCCUGAUCUGUUUGAGAAGACGGUGCAGUUGCGUGAGCGUCGCCUGGACCUCGAGGAGCUGCUGGUGGAGGAGAGGAAGAGCGCUGAUGCCCUGAAGAAGGAGUGUGACGCUCUUGUCAAGAAGAACACAGCGCUGCAGAGCAGUGUGAAGGCAGCAGAGGGCGACCUGGAGACGUUAAACAGAGAAAAACAACUGAAACUGAAUGACUUGGAUGUGGAGGUCCCUCUUCGGUUACACCAGAUUGAGUUAUUGAAUAACGGGAAGGUACCGUCCAAUCUGAGCCCCACCCUGGUACUGAACACAUCGGCGUUGGUGAGACUCCAGGAGCGGGUCAAGGAGCUACAGGUGGAGAAGAACCAGCAGAGAGAUGUGGACCGGCAGGCCCACAAGCAGCAGCAUAGCCAGCUCAUCUAUGACCACAAAGACAUGGAGACCAAGUGCCGGGUAUUGGAGGAGCACUGUAAGCAGCAGAUGAUGAUGAAGUUUGGGAUGCUGGUGGAUCUGGAGGCCCUGCAGAGUCUGUCGGGGAGCAGGAACCUGGAGGAGAUGAAGCAAGAGAGCUGUUUCCAAGAGGCCGCCUGUGGAAAUGACAUCAAACUGUGGGAUACAAAGGUGUCGGAAGCUCGUGAGGCAUUGAUGGAGAUGACCAGGGGUCACACAGAACGUCUCCUCAACAUGAACAGCUUCCUCUGCCAGGAGAAACAACUGGGGGAUCAACUCCACGAAAGGCAGAGGAAAUUGGGUGGCCAGUCCCAGGAUGAAAGGAGGCAGGCAGACGAGAAUGAAAUUUGCAGGCUCCAGGAGCUGGUGGAAAUCCAGGCCCAGGAGGUAGAGGCCCUCAGGAGGGAGAUCAGCAUCCUCUCCCACAAAGGAGGCAGCAUUCUACCCCCCUUCCAGGCCCCCCUGCCCCCCUCUGCCCACCCCUCUCCCAGCCAGUAG